AGAACAGUAGUUGUCAUGGCGAUGAAAACGGCCCCAGCGUCCGCUCGUGGGGUUGUUGCCAUGGAAAUUCCGGUUCGAGGUGCGCUCGAGGCAGUGCAGGAGGAAGAGGGCAACGUGCGGACAAGGUCCGAGGAGAUAGUUCAACACCUUGUAGAGCGACGGCGGCGAGGACCCCCAUUCAGCAAAGGGAACUACUACAUACUAAUAGUGAUCGGAGAGAUAGCAACAGAGCAUCAACUGCACAGCGCCAGGCAGCUCAUAGAGAGAGGGAUUCGAUCUUGGAACAUCAGCCUUGAGUCAUGUGACCUGGACCAGCAGCUGCUGUUGUUUAUCACACGUCACUCUGCUCAGUUCUCUUAUGAGGUCAAAGGACAAAGGACUCUCCACCACAGAAGUAAUGUCCUAGAGACUGUCGUCCUAGUCAAUCCCUCUGAGAACACAGUUUCUUCAGAGAUAAAGACUCUAAUAACAGACUCAGCAGGACACAAGCUCCUGGUCCUGAGUGGACAAAACUCAGACCACGGUGCUCUUCUUCUUCAGAGUGGGGCUUUUACCUAUCAGAGUUUUUCACAAGUCUUUUCUGAUCCUGGGGUCAGAGAUUUGCUGGGUGCAGCAUCCCCCGAUCAGCGUGCAAGACUUACUGUGUUCUGUCGUGGGGAGGUGGGCUGGAGCUCACAGGGCCAACGGCAGCACUUACAGGAGUUCCUGGAGUACAGACUGAACCCUGAGCCUGCACUCCCCAAAAUGGAGGGUGUCACAGAGUUCACAGAGUACAUCUCUGAGACAGUUGAUGUCCCAUCAUCGUUUGACCUCCUGGAGCCUCCGACCUCUGGGGGCUUCCUGAAACUGUCUAAGCCUUGCUGUUACAUCUUUCCUGGGGGGAGGGGUGACUCAGCCCUGUUUGCUGUCAAUGGCUUCAAUAUCCUUGUGGAUGGCGGAUCUGAGCGUAAAUCUUGCUUCUGGAAGCUGGUCAGACACUUGGACCGCAUUGACUCAAUUCUACUGACCCAUAUCGGGGCAGACAACCUCCCAGGCAUCAAUGGGCUGCUUCAAAGGAAAAUAGCAGAGCAGGAGGAAGAACAGUCACAGGGCUCCACCACCUACAGUGACUGGAUGAAGAACCUGAUCUCUCCAGAGCUGGGUGUGGUAUUCUUUAAUGUUCCAGAGAAGCUGCGAAUGCCAGAAUCAAAUCUUAAAGUCAAACGCAGCAUAGAGGAGGCCUCCCUCACCUUGCAGCACCUUAGUAAACUAGGGAUUAAGCCUGAACCUCUCUUUCGUGUGGUUAGCAACACCAUUGAGCCUAUCACCCUAUUCCACAAAAUGGGAGUAGGCAGGUUAGAGAUGUAUGUUCUCAACCCUGUGAAAGACAGUAAGGAGAUGCAGUUUCUAAUGCAGAAGUGGGCGGGAAACAGCAAAGCCAAAACAGGUAUUGUGCUUCCUAAUGGUAAAGAGGGAGAAAUAUCUGUACCGUACCUGACAUCAGUGACAGCUUUAAUUGUAUGGCUUCCUGCCAAUCCUACAGAAAAGAUUGUCAGAGUACUUUUUCCUGGAAAUGCACCACAAAACAAAAUCCUAGAAGGACUGGAGAAACUGAAGCAUCUUGACUUCUUGAGAUAUCCGGUAGCCACACAAAAGGACAUAGCCUCAGGGGCUCCUCCCACUGUCAUCAAACAGACCAAGCUAAAGCAAAGGACAGAUAGCAAAGAAAGUCUCAAGUCAUCGCCCAAGUCCACUGCAAAGGCCUCAAAGAAAGAUGUGGAUGGACAAGAUGAUGUAUCGACGGCUACUGAAGCAAAGAGUGACUCUGUGUUGGACAACAAAGUAGAGAAAAAAGAGGAAAAGAAACCUACCAAAACACUCAAAUCUAAGACGGAUGUGCCAGAGAAGAAGAAACUAUCUAAAGAGAAAUCUUUGAAGAAACAUUCCAAAGAAAGAGUAACAAAGAUGGAUGAAAAGAAAGACAAAGAAAAGAAGGAGAUCAAGAAAAUCAAGAAAGAUGACUCAGCUAAAAGAGAAGAGAAAAAAGAUGGCAAGUCUAAGGAGGACAAGAAGAAAGAUACAUCUAAACCUGAGCUGAGAAAGAUUACAAAGCCUGACCUAAAGCCUUUAACACCAGAAGUCAGAAAGACCCUGCACAAGGCUAAAGUCUCAGGGAAGCCCAAGACUUCAAAAAGCAAAGUCAAAGCAGCAAAGGGACAGGCUGUUGAGUCAAUGCCCGAGGAACAAGCUGCAGAGAGCCUCCAACCUGAACCAACAGAAGAUGUGGCUGCUGAAGGAACAUCUGUCCCAACUACCCCAGAAGAUCUUACUAAGGAUUUUGAGGAGCUGAAACAAGUUGCUGUUGCAAUAUUAUCAGAACCAACAGAAAGUGUUAAACCCACGUCAGAGUCAUUACCAAAAGAGAGCAUUCCAUCUAGUCCUACACUUGAGGACGUGAAAGAACAAGACGAAGUUUGUAAAACCCCAACAGGCACAACAUCACCAGAGAAGGAGGCAUCAUCAACAGAAAUGGAAGCUGAUUCAGAAAACAAAGAGAGAGUACAGCAUGAAGAUGAAUUACAAGCAGAAGAUAUGGAGAAAUUUGAGGAUGAGGGAGCUGCUAUUGAGGAUGAUGAAGAAGAGGAGGAAGAAGACCAAGCUAUGGAAAAAAGGACUGAGGAGCAGGAGGAGGAGGAAGAGGAUAUGGGCAUUGGGGAGGAAGAAGAUGAGGCAAAGUGGAAGGCAGCUAAAGACAUUGGCCUUGAUAGGAAGCAUGAAGAGGAGAAACUGGAGAAAGCUGAAAAACUCACAGCCAAGGUGGAAACAAAAGAAGAGUUUAGACAGAUUCCAUCGAAGGGGGAGGAGGAUGAAGAGGAGGAUGAUGUAAUUGAAAAAGCUGAACUGGAAGAGGUUGAGGACUUAGAUGCAAUUGCCGAUGAAGAGAUCAAAGUUCAACCUGAGGAGGUAGUAAAAGAUCAAUUGCCCCAGGUGAUUGGUGGUGCCAAAGAAAUGGAAUCAGAUGAUGAGGAGGGGUAUCUCUCAAAUGUGGGAGGCACUACAGUUUGCAUCACAUCAAUGGCUCAAGGAGCAGCUGCUGCAGAACCCACAUCUUAUAUUCAAGACGAAACCAUUCCAGGCUACUCAGAAACCGAGCAGACCAUCUCUGAUGAGGAGAUUCAUGAAGAGGCAGAGGACAGGAUACCACACCUCCAGUAUGAAGUAGGCACAUAUGACAUCUCUGUUCCAGAUCAGACAGGUUCUUUUGAAGCCAUCCAUGGUAUGAGAGAAAUGCAAGCAGCAGCUACAUCUGAUAUGACUGCUAAAGGUUUCAUUGGUGGACAGGAUCAAGUAGUUUCUGCGUUCACUAACAUUGUUGCUGCUCCGUUGGCAGAGGAAGAACAUGUUUCUUCAGCAACAUCCAUCACUGAGUAUGACAAAUUGUCCUCCUUUCCCACGUCGAUUGCUGAAGACCAAUCUGUAGCAUCAGUCACUGCACCUCAGACUGAGGGAACUGGCAAUAGCUCUCUGCUCCUGGACACUGUAAACAGUGUUCCUAUGGCAAUCCCAACUGAAGUCACUCAUGGCAAAGAUUACCCACACUCUGCUGGGACCAUCUCACCAACAUCUUCCUUAGAGGAUGACAAGUGCUUCAAGUCAUCACCCUCUGAUGAAGUACACUAUACUGCCUCUGAAAUCAAGACAGAGGUGAAGGUUACUGAGGCUCAUGAGGAAGAGGAAGAAGAGGAAGAUGAGGAUGAUGACCAAACUCCCAAUAUUGACAUUUCACUUGGGAAACUCCAAGAGAGCUAUGGGUCUCCUCAUCUGUUCCAGGAUAAAGGCAAAGGGACUGAAAAACUCCCUAGUUCUAUGUCUCCUGUAUCUAAACCUAUUCAGGAUUCAAAGCUAUCUGAGGAAGAAAUGCAAACCUCAGUGGUGCCCGAGACAAUCGCAACAUCAUCUGUUUUGAAACCCCUCUCACCACAGGUAUCUCUUUCAAAGCCUUUCAGCUCAGACUCAGUUACUUCAGAAGGUGAGGAGCGUUGCUUCAGUCCUGAUGAUAGCACUGUGAAAAUGGCCUCUCCCACACACUCUGGACCCCCUAGUGCAAACCACUCCCCUCUUCGACAGUCACCUGUGGAGGAGAAAACCAAGGGGUUUCCUGAUCAGGAGCUGCACGAACAGGAGAAGAGCCAUGAGCUUGCAAUCAGAAGAGAUUACGAGUAUGAAAAGAAAGAUCUAGUCGAAAAAGAAGAUAAGAGUCAAACAGUCGGUGUUGACAUCCAUGAAGGAGAUCUACCAAAAUCAGAUUGUCUGCCAUCCUUUGAUAAAUAUCUCAAAGAUGACUCCCAAGAAAAACCUACAGCAAAGAAACAAGAAAAGGACGUUUGGUUCUCUUCCAAAGAUGAGAGUGAGCAAAAAGAAGAGAUUAGGCCCCUUGCCUCUGAGUUGGUUGCAUUGAAAGAUGAAUCUUCAAAGUUAGGUAAAGGUUCUGUGAGAGAGGAUAUUCCCCAGGGGAGUGCAGGCCUUGGACACAGUGGUGAUGGGGAAGAUGAAGAUUCUAAAUUGAGCCCUAAAACAACAUUUCAAGAUGAGAAGGAAACUCGCUUCCUGGAUGAUGAUGACGGUGAUGAUGAUGGUCAUGACGACACAGCUGAAAUAAAACAGGUCAUCAAGGAAAAGAAGUUAGAGAAAGAGGCCGAAAAACAUUACAUUUCUGAUGUCAAACCCACCAAGGAAGAUGAGGAGAAACAGACAUAUGGGACAAAACCCAGUGAGGAAGAAGAGAAAGAAAAACAUGCUUCUGAUGCUAAAUUCAUUUUGGAAGAGAAAGAAAAGGUACCACAGAGUGACGAUAAAGAAAUAAUCGUCUCUUGUGAAUCCGUUCAAGUGAAGGAGGGAGGACUUAAAUAUGAUAUUUGUGAGGAAGGAGCUACACUAGAAGAGAAGAGGGAGAAAGAGGUAGGUGCUUUAGCUGAUUCCACCAAGGAUGCAGGUGUCUAUCUUGGGUCUGAACCCCAGAAAGAAGAUAAAAUAGAAAAACAUGUGUCUGUAGCUGAACCCACUACAAGAGAUGGGAAAGAGAGGGAAGAUGCUUGUGAUGCUAAUAAUGCCAAAGGAAUAUUGGUGAAAGAAUACACUUCUGAUGCUGAACCAACAAAAGGGGAGAAAAGAGAGGAAGAAGAUAUGUGUGCUAUUGACAAAGUGCACAAGGAAGGUAAUGAAAAGAAAAGAAAAAGAAAAGACAGUCAAGAGGAAAUGAUGGAGAAAGACAAAGAAAAAGAUGACACUCAUGUGGCUGAGGUUAGCAAAGAACAGAAAAUGGAAAAAGAGGAAGAAAAGGAAGUUGAAUUUCAAGAUAUCAAAGAUGAGAAAAGAGAGCAAGAAUGGGAUAGGGAUGACAUCAAAGAUGACAAAACAACAGGAAAGGAGAAGGUUAAUGUACAAAUGGCUGAUGUGUGCAAAUUUGAGGACACUGAGAAAGAGAAUAAAUAUUUAUAUGAGGGUGAAGCCAUCAAAGAGGAAAAAUGGGAGAAUGAGGAGUUGCAAGAGAAGGCCACAAAACAACAAACAAUGCUUGAAAAACCAGGUGCAUCAAGUUCAGAUCUCACAUCUACGUUCCAGGUUCAGUCCUCAGACGAAGAUAGGGAGGAAGAAGAGGAGGAAGACAUUCUCAUGGGUGCAAGACCCCUAUCCGUAGAACCCAAAAAAGCUGACCAUGAUGCUUCCUUAGACCUGCUCUUGACUAUAUCUUCACAAAAGGCCUUUGGUGAGGAAAUGCAAGAAUUCACCUCAGACAAGACCACUGGAUCAGUACCUUCAAUAACAACACAGGCACCAUCUAUUGAUGAAGAUAUCAAAGUGCAGAGCAAAGAGCCACGUGGAGUCCUCUCUGAACCAGAUGAGGAUGUUAAGAAAACUGAGACCAUGUCAGCACCUCUUUCCUCACCAGAGCUCAAAACAGACAUAUCCAUCUCUAAAGAAGAACAAACCUCUGGGUUGUUUACUUCUAAAGAGGAGUCUGACUCUGUGACUUCAAAGGUAGAAACAGACUCAGACGCCAUAACCACAGAAAAAACUAUUUUGUCAGCUUUAUCAAGUACCGACACCCAGGCUUUGAGUUCAACACUUUCAAGCACAGAUAGCCAAGCUAGCAACGAGGAACCAUCUCAACUAGAUACAUCUCUGCCUUCUGUGAUUACAAGCACACCAGUAUAUCUGCAAGAAAAGAAUACACAAGCUUCUGAAAAAGAAGAUGAUAAACCAGGCAAAGAGGCUGAGCGUGAAAUGGAGAGAGAGCGAGAAGUGGCCUCCCCGGGACUAACACAACCUUGUUCAUAUUUCUUACUGGACAAGGAUCCUCAGGAGGUUCCAGAGAUGAUGACUGAAGCUGCGAAAGCAGACGUCAUCCCUGAGAAAGUGGAAGGUCUUGACAAAAUGAUGUUAGAGAAGGAGAUGGUCAGUGUGACAUUACAAGAGGAAAAGCAGGCCUCUGGUGGUGCAUCCAAAUAUGAACCAUAUGAAAAACCCAUCUCCAAAGAUCAUGACUCUGACUCUAAGGCAGAUAGUGAGAGCUCUGUAGAUCUUGGUCUGUCAGCAGACAUUGGUAUUGAUGACAAUAGGAGAGCUAGCCAGUCCAAAUCUGGAGAAGCUGCAUUCUACCCAGAAGAGCAGAGCGAAGAAGAACCAUUAUCUUUCAGCAGAGUUGAUUACAGCCCAGUGUCUCUAACAGAGAAUGGGAAAGGCCUCCAUUAUAGCCAAAGUGCUUCCGCUGCAUACAAAGACAAAGAGAAAGGUCAAGAAGAGGAAAGUGAAAGAGAGGGAAGACCAGACACACCAUAUACAGAGAGGACAGAGACUCAAGACAACAAAUGUAACACUGCAGCUGAGCCAUGUUUAUAUACAUCCACUCUUAAAGAGGAUAAACCUGAGAAAGCUGAGACAGAUAUGGAUAAAACAAAGGAUGGCACUGGUUCACCCCCUCACACAUCUACUGGAGGGAAAGAUACGGCUGCAGAACCUGCCAAAGUGGAAGAGUGCAAAUCAGACUACUUGAGCACUAAGGAAAUGUCAUGGAGUCAAUCUAACCUUGCUGUCCAAACCUUAGAUACUGCCAUGCCUUUUGAAGAUGUCCCUGAGAAGGAGACCACAGAGAAGAGCAAAGAGAAGGACAAGGUGUCAGCAGAGCCCAUGAAAGACAAAGAUGACACUUCAGACUCUGAAAGAGAAGGAUCUCCAUCUGGUCGAUACUCACCAGCGGAAAAGGACAAUUUACCUCAUCAAGCAUCACCUCAAGAAAUGGAUGUCAGUGAGAGGGCCUCUCUGCUUGCCUCACAUUCAGGACAGAAAAUUGAUGACAAUGUCCUUGCGUCUGAGUAUACUCAAAUAGGCAGCACAGUUUCUAGUAAAUCAAUGGCUGAACAUUCAAUGACAGAUGCUACUCCUGCCAGUGUAGAUAAAAGGCUACUUGUAGAGGGAGAGGAAUGUGAUGAUGACGAGGAUGAAGAGGAGGAAGAAGAGGAGGCUAGUGAUGUAGAUAUGGAGAAAGGGGCUAGAGAGCAAUCUGAAAAAGAAAUGGGCAAAUCCACAUCUGAUGAUGCCACCACCUCUAGACUUCCUGUUACAAAGCAGAAAGACAAUGAUGUGAAGACUAUCUCACCUAAACCCUGUUCCCUGGCAGGGGAAGAUUCUGUAUCAGCAACCACAAGCAGUCCUCUGCCUACACCUUCAAAGCCUGAAGCAACUCCUGUGCCUUCUGGCAGCUACACUGAGACAGAGCAGACAGGAUUUGGGGAAUUUUCUUUUAGUUUGAAACAUUCCUAUGGCGAGGAAAGUCAGUCUGUGUCAAAAGAGGAGAGGAAAGACAUCCCCGAGCCUUCAGAUGCCAAAGAAGGCCAGUGUUACAGUCAGGGAGACAUCGGAGCUGAGAGGCAGGCAGCCCCAAAUGUUGCAAGUAGGAAAAUGGAGGAAACUGCCUCGUCAGUUUAUGUAUACACUACUACACCUUCAACAUCACACUCCUCUUCGUCAUCUUACAGUUUCUCUUCCUCUGCCUCAGCCUCUUUUUCUACCAGCCAUCAGUUUGGAGAGGAGGGGGGAAGCUCCAUCACAAUGUCUAGUGUUCCCUCUAAGAUGGAAUCUGAGGGAGCCUCCUUUGAGUAUUCCUCAUUUAAAGAUGAACACUCGUCUGCUAUGGACACAACCCUAUCAAGCUCUGGAGGGAUGUCAAAAGAUGACUAUAUGGAGAUUUCUGAGAGGCUUACACCUGCAACUACUGCAUCAAGUCUCACUAAAUACUCUCCACUCAGUCCGUCCGAAGAGACCAAACCAUUCUCACCAGUGCUUUUUACCCCAGCUAAAGAUAGUACUGAACAAGAAAUCAAAAUGUCAAGCCCAAAACUGGACAAAGAUCACACUUCAGAAACACUUCAGACGCUAGAAAUGACUGUGGAAACUAACAUUUCAACUUCUGUGGGAGACACAUUAUCAUUGAGUUCCCCGCUGAUAAAACCUACAGAGAUCUUACCCACUUCAGGGGAACUCUUUGAUGUGUCUCCAUUAACAAGAACUGACUCAUCUGACAAAGAAUCUCAGGGGUCAGCUGGCAGUAAAGAACAAUCUGACUCAUGUGAAAUAGAAGGAAGCUCUCAUCCAUGCCGUAUUGGAUGUCAAAAAUCGACAGUGACAGUGCAACAACAGGGUGUUUCGUCAAUGUCGUACAUGAUUGAAAGCAUGACUAUUGCUGAUUCAAAGGUUGUCACAGUCACCUCCACAACAAUAUGUAAGUCUGAUGUUGGGGCACCACCAAAACAGUCAACUGAAGGAUCAUCUAUUGAGGUCAGCAUGAGUUCUGUUACUGGACCUAACACAGCCUUGUGUUCCUCAAUAGACAUGCCUCAAACUGAGUUCAUAAAAAAGGAUACAGAAAAGCCAGGAAAGAAAGAGGUUGAUGCCUUGAAGGAGGACAGCAGGGGGCCAGAACAGAGAGAAAGUGAAGAGAAAAAUACAGAAAAUAAAGAUAAGGUUGAGGAGAAAGAGAAGUUGGGAGAGAACAAAGACAAAGAUGUAAAAGUGGAGGAAAAAAAAGAACAGACUUCCAAAGACAGUGAAAAAAACAGAGAUGAGAAGGAGGAAGGGAAAGAAAAAGCAGAUGAGAAAAUGGUUGACAAACAAGAGGAGAAAAUCCAGCAGAGGCGGAAGAGUAGCAUAUCAGAUUGGGAACUACUACAGAGGCCAGAUGGUUGUCCAAACACACCGCCUCCAGGGUAUGAAGAUGAAGAAUAUGGUGCUGGACAGUGGGUACCUCCUGCCCAUUCUACACAUCAAUCUUCAGAUGAACAUGCCCAUUCUACUGAUCCAGCUUCAGAUGAACUUGCCCAUUCUACACAUCUAACUUCAGAUGAACAUGCCCAUUCCACAGGUGCAUCUGGAAGAUCAGAUGAAGUAUCCAGCCGCCCCACAGAUCUGCAGAUGGAGGCCACCUUUUCCCCACCUGGGUACUCCUCUUGUGAAUAUAAGCACCGUAAAGGAGAACUCUCUCCAUCCUUCAUCAACCCAAGUCCUCAUCAGCUCUCUAGUGAUGAUGGAGAUGAAAAGAGAGAGAGUGAUCACUCUCAGGAGGGAGAAGAAGACGACCGCGAACAACACUCGGUCAAGAGGAGGUCCCACAAGCACAGGCAACAUCACGUUCAAAGCCAUCCAGGAGAUGCUAGCGAUGGGUUACGCCAGCCUCCUGGCACUACAUCCAUUGGACUUGGGGUGACACUUGCUGGGGAGGAGACCCCGCCUACUUCAGCCAGUGAAUCACUGCCCUCGCAGUCGGACGACUCCGACGUGCCCCCAGAGACAGAGGAAUGUCCAUCCAUCACACCUGAGGGAAACCUGGAUUCAGAUGAGGAUGCUGACCACCUGCCAGUGGACAAACUAUCUGCCUCUGGAACAGGAGUGGGUCACCAUCCCCCCUCUCCGAGAUCUGUUCAAAAAGCCCACGACCCCCCUCCAGCACCAAUGAAAGACCCCCUGCCUCAUCCUCCACACCCUGACGUGUGUAUGGUAGACCCAGAGGCUCUUCCCAAUGAACAGAGCAGCAUAGAAAAACUGAUGAAGAAAGAGCAUAAGACCACCAAGGGCUUAAAAAAGGGCCUAGGCAAGCCCAAGUCGGUCUCCCCAGCCCGUAAGAGGUCCUCCACCCCAGUGAAGCAGACCUCCAAGGAAUCCUCACCCCGAUCAGCCUCUCUGAGGAGGAGGGACACAGAUAGAAGCUCCAGGUUAUCCAGGAUGUCUGAAGGCCAGGGAUCCAGGGGAGAUAUAUUCAACCCAGGGAAAGGACUGGUCAAUGGAGUCAAAGGCAGUUUAGGUUCUAACUCCCAGAAAAUUAGUUCUGCCACCCCCCCUGGGCCACCUAUCUAUGUGGACCUGGCCUAUGUGCCCAACCACUGCAGUGCCAAGAAUGUGGACCAGGAGUUCUUCAAGCGAGUUCGUGCAGCCUACUACGUGGUGAGCGGGAACGACCCGGGCAGUGGAGAGCCCAGUCGUGGGGUCCUGGAUGCCCUCCUCGAAGGCAAGGCCCAGUGGGGCUCCAAUUUACAGGUGACGCUGAUUCCUACACAUGAUACUGAGGUGACACGGGACUGGUACCAACAGACCCACGAAAAACAGCAGGACCUUAACAUCAUGGUCCUGGCAUCCAGCAGCACUGUCGUCAUGCAGGAUGAGUCAUUCCCCGCCUGCAAGAUUGAGUUCUAAGUUCUGUUUUUCCUCCUCCAUUCUCAUCUGUGCAUCGCUGGGGGUAAAGAGUUGUUCUGUUAUUCUCUGUGUCCACUCACAACCUUCUCUGCUCAAGAACAUUUUGCUGUCUCAUUGUCAGACCAUUGCAUUAGCAGUAAUCCUAUUUUUGCUCACUGGAUUCAACUCCAAUGUCAGAAAGAUACAUUGAUUUAGGGUUUAGAUAAUACUGUAUCUGUGUUUAUUAUAGAGGGAAUUCAUGAAGCUCGCUGCUCAAAUAUUGUUUAAUUGAUGAAGAAUAAUUUGCAUGAAAAAAUACACCUAUUGAUCAGAGCAGCCUUCCGUUCAAACAACACCCUAAUCCUAAAAGAACAUCCAGUCAAUCUAAAAAGUGCCAUCUUUGACAAUGCCUCAGUCUUUAUAGCUGUGCUUGGGUUUGUGUGCCAAACAACUGCUCACAACCAAAUCACAACCACCAAAAUAACAAACAUUGUAUGUCUUAAAUGCAACAGAAAUAAAAUCCUACAAACGGAAUGAAAAAUCUCCAAAUUGCUAAUCCAAAGGGUCAAAACAAGUGCCAAAACUCAACUAAGGUACCAGUGCUAACCAUCUACAAUAAAACAAAAAAAUUAGGAGAUUACUUGAUUAUUGAUCUCUUGAUUGUACGCACAAUGUCAAUGUAUGAUGGAUAGCAUUUGUCUUUGUUUCCUUGAGGCUUAAAAAAAAAAAGAAAAAAAAAAGACAUUGUUUCAAUUUAUAGAUUUGCUCAUGCAAGAUACAAGUCUUAUACUACGAUGUUUUGCUGAAGGGGUACUCUAACAUACCAUACUUCUGUUCCAGUACAAAAGGAAUCCAUGUAGCGGGUUUUGAAGUUUUAGAAGAUGCCUGAAGUUUCUUGAAGAUCUAGCAUUUCUGAAAUCUUUCCCUUGGCAGCUUGUCUGCAGCAUGACGCUACGUAACAGCUUAGAUCCUUAAGGAACUAGAGUGUUGAUGGUGUGUGUAGAUACAUAGCUUUAGUGCUUGCAGUCUGCAAGUGGGGAGUAUAGAUGUUCAGACACAGUCUGGUUGUGUAUGCUUCAGUAAAUGUUAUUAGAAGCCAGGGGAAGGGAAGAUAUUUACCAUACUUUCACAUUUUGGCUGGGUGUAAUGAUCUUUUUGAAAAUGUCAUCAAACAGAUAAAAAAAUAUAUUAAUCGGGUCUUUGUGAGUGUAUGUAUUGGGGUAAAAACAAUUACACAAAUGAAUAUGUAUUCAUAUGGAUGUUGUGUUAGAAAAUGAAAAAAAGAUUAGAAAAAAGAAAGAAAUUGAAAAAUGAUUGAAGUGAAUGCAGUUUGUGAGUACAUAGAUGAUGCAUUUGAAAUAAAUGGAUGCAAGAAUUAGUUUUUCCAAUUACAUAGGCCUAACUCUGUCUUUAAAAACAAUGAAUGAUUGAUGGAAAAAAGACAGCUGUAGCAAUAGUGGCUUUGCUUGUGAGAUUUGGUUUUUGCAGAUGAAAUGGGAGUUUAGGUAAUUUCUCCAGAAACUUGAAGGUGUGUUGUUCUCAUGUGCCUUUUAGAUGUGGUAUGAAAAACAAAGUGAAUUUAUUGAUGAAUAAUAAACUGCUUUAGAAUAGUGGACAAAUACAUUUGUCUUGUUAGUCUUACAUCCAUGAACCCGAACGCACAGAAUUGGAAAAUUAUUGGAUGAGUACAUAAUGUGUAGAUGUAGUUGUUGAUCAUCUGCAUUUUGGUAUCCAUCCCCUACUCUGGCAGUUCAGUCAACAACAUUAUCAAGCAAGGUAUUUUACAAAGCAGGAAUGCACUAUUAAGUGGGUGAAAAGGAGAGGCUCAGGGAUGGGACAGGGUUUCAAGUGAGAGUGGGACAGUAUUGGUAAUAUUCUUUAUUAAUAAUAGGAAAUAAUUUAUUAUUGUAUUAUUUAAAUAUUUCAAUUCAGAGAUGGUAGCUAGAGAAUGCACUAAACACAUAAAAACAUGUAUUUCAAUGCUAUAUUCCUGAAAUGAACAAGAAUUCUGGAAGUGGUAUUACGCGUAGUUGUGGAACGUUGGAUGUAUUUGUGAUUGCUUUAAAAAGACGUGUUGAAAGAACACCACAAUUAGGUUUGAAUGCUUUGUUAGCAUGUGAUCAUAAUAUUUUUGUAAAUUUUCUUGAAAAAGUGUCUUUCUGAUUUGUUGCACUGCACUGUGCAUUGUGUUUGAAAUGGCUUUUGACUCAAUAUUGAGCUUCAAGAGUGGUUUGCAGAAUUAUAUUGUUCCUAUUUAUUUCCAACUAAAUUUCUGUUAAAAGUGUGUACCAUACCAGAAUUCGAUGUUUAAUCAUUUUUUGUUAGAUAUAGAACCAACCCAACAUGAUUGUUUUUGUGUUUACAUUUCUCAGUUUUGUGGCAUUUCUGAAAAAGAAAGUGAUCAAUUAUGUCUUUGAAAAACAUUUAACGUCAAUGUUUUUAGUGUUGUGGUUUGCAAAUGUUAUCAACAUUAAGUUUUUGGGGAUUCAUAUGGCCAGAGUGGGCUAGAUUGGGCAGACAGGGAUAUUUGGACUUGUGUCUGACUCAUACAGGCUCUGUGGACAGACAGACAAACAGAAGACCUGAGAGUCCUCAAACCAUAUUUAAGAAAACCCUUUUAGGCUGAGACAUAACACUACGGUCCUCUUGUACUAGCUAAGAACUAGUGCCAAUUUGUCCUUUUGCUGAACUUAGGCAAAAUGCUGAAAUAUUGUAAGCUGCCUCAGAGCCCCAGGUCCACUCAGAGGCCUAUCUACAUUAAGCCCACAUAAGCAACUAAGAUAUACGAACAACUGACACAGCUUGGAUUCAAUGGAUUGAAUGUUUUUCUUUCAGUAACAGAAUAGCCAAUGUCUCUUACUUUUAAAUUGUUAUGCACUGUGUAAACCUUAAUAUGCAUGUCAUGUUUAAUACUGCACAGGCAGGCAUUGGAAGGUUAGGAUAGCUUUUGCACAGGUGGGGGUUCAUUCACUGGGAACUUCAGAUGCAAGCGAUGUAUUAAAUAGCGAGGUAUGCACAAGUUUACCCCAGUUGAGGGCUGUACGGUAAAAAAUCCCAUUAAGGACUUCCCACAUAGGGCUAAGAGGGUUGGACAACAGAGUUUCAAAAUAAUGUGCUUGAAUAUUAAAAUAUUUCACUAACAAUGGGUUAAAAACUGCUUAUAUCGAACAACGUCCUCUAACCUUUCACAUGAUCAAUAUGGACAGGCUCUUGUAUCAUCAAUAUAUGGGUUUUCUGAAUGUGAUAUUUGAUGUAAACAGUAGCCCUUUCAGUAAGUAUGUUUAGAGUUGAGGGGCAUAUUGGUGUCUUGACUCCCAUUACCUGGCCUUAGGAGCAAACACUCUGGGGCCUUGGUAGAUCGCUGUGAACGCUCAAUACAAAAUCUAUGACUUAAAAAAAAAAAAAAAAGGCAUAAUGCACUAAUGAUAUAAUUCUUGUUUUUGAAUGUAGAGUUGGUACUAGGAAUGCUGCUGGGACUUCCAAACAUCAAUUUACUCAAAUGUACUAUAACUAUGUCAGAGAGGAUAUUUAUGUAACCCACGGAGAAGGAUAGUAUGGCAUUUUGGUGGAGUUGCAGUACAGUAUAUCUUAACUGCAGUUGUAGUAGGUUUAUGCACAGUUCUGUAAUGAGAUGGAACAAACUGUGACUUUCCAACUUUCAGAGUUGGGAGUCCAAUACAAACAAACAGCAACACAGAAAAAGUACUAACUGCAGCUGGAACUUUUUCUUUUCCUGAAUAUGACUUGAAACAGAGACAUCUAAAAUCUAAGAAAUGUACAUGUACAUUGAUGUACUGUACACAAAUAUGUAAAUACACCUGAACAAAAACAAACAAAUCUAAAUAGAAAAAAGGACUAUGAUGAUUCUUGUGAUACAUUUUUCAUUUGAUCAGAUUAUCAACUAUGAAGCCCUAAGCCUUGAAUAAAGAGAAGUACAAUGACAAUUAUGACUAUAUACAGAUGAAUAUAAAUCAUCUUUCAGUUCCAUUCUCCUGUCACUUGCCAUUAAAGGAUGAGAUAAUUUAUACAUAAAUCAUUACCAAUCCAUCUAAUCUCCUCUGCAUGUGAUUAUUUAUUUAGUUAUAAUCCUGAAUGUAAUUGUUUAACUUAGGAAAUACAAAAAAUAUAAACUAAUUGCUAUUUUAAAAAGGUACAUUUAAAUUUGAAAACAGGUAAUUGUCUAAUGGUACUGAGAUGGCAUAUAUAAGUUUUGGGCUGUGCUUCACUGUUUGCCCUAUGGUAUGUUAGGAAGAUGCUUUACUGCUGUAGUUUGUUUCUUUGCUGCUGUAUUACUCUUGGUUGUUAUUCUUCAGUGCAAUAUUCAGUCUCUUACUCUCUCUUUAAAUCUAAUCAUGCAAAACUAGAAAUACUGCAGAUUUAUUGUUAAGGGAAACAGCCUGGUGAUCAACAAUAAAAGUACAUUUAUU